AUGGACGCCCAACGAACCGAGUACGGCCAAGACCUGGAUGCCCUCCAAGCGGGUCUUGACCUGCCGCGUCAGUCGAGCUUGAAGGCUCUCAACCCCGUGCUAGAAGAGGGCAUACUGAGAAAGGAUGGACGACUUCAGUAUUCCAGUCUCUCAGAAGAGGAGAUACGACCGGUGAUUCUCCCGCCUGGUCACCGGCUGGUUUAUCUCCUGGCUAUGAAGAUCCACGAAGAACUCUGUCACGCUGGAGUUCAGCAAGUUGUGGAUGCCAUCAGAGAUCGCUAUUGGAUCACCCGGGGGCGGCAAACCGUGCGCGCCUCCCUGAACCAGUGCCGCAAAUGCCACUUGUUCCGAGCCCAACCGUUCGCCAUGAGACCGGCUCCUCUGCCUCGGAGCCGGGUGACAGCCGCUCGACCCUUCAGCUGCACUGGCAUCGACUACGCUGGGCCGCUAUAUGUGAAGCGGCCGUUUGGAUCCGAGCCCGAGAAGGUCUACAUAGCGGUUUUCACCUGUGCCGUCACGCGCGCCCUGCAUCUGGAGCUGGUGGGUUCCCUGCGGACGGAAGACUUCCUCCGCGCCUACCGUCGUUUUGCCGCUCGCAGACUCAGUCCGACCAGCAUUAUCAGCGACAACGCCACCUACUUCAAGGCCGCCUCUGCCGUCCUGGCCACGGAGGGAGUUUCUUGGAGCUUCAUCGUGGAGCGGGCUCCAUGGUGGGGCGGCUUCUGGGAGUCGAUGGUGAAACUUACGAAGCACGCGCUGCGCCGCACACUUGGUGCAGCACUUCUCUCAUGGGAGGAGCUAGAGACAGUGCUCUGUUCCGUGGAGGGGGCCAUCAAUGACCGUCCUCUCACUCAAGUCAGUGAUGACCCGGAUGACCUGCGACCGCUGAGACCGUCAGACUUCCUUCACUGCUCUCUGGAAUCUGGUCCGAGUCCCGUCCGGGAGAGCGAAGCCCAGCGCCUGACACGCCGCCGCCGUUACCAGAGCCGAGUCAUGGAAUCCCUGUGGAAUCGCUGGCAGCGUGAAUAUCUGAGGCACCUCAGAGAUCAGCACCGACCUGAAGUGGAGCUAGCACCCACAUCAGGCGAUCUCGUGCUGAUCGAAGGCGAGACCUCUCCCAAUCGCCUGACCUGGACAACUGGCGUGAUCUGUGCCGUGCAUCCUGGACGGGAUGGACGAUCCCGUGCUGCCUCGGUGCGCACUGGGCGUGGUAUCGUAAGGCGGCCCAUACAGAAGCUGUAUCUCUUGGAGGCCGCAUCAGCCAGCCAGACGUCUCCAGAGGUCUGA